AUGGCAAAGGUAGUUCUUAGUAUUUCGAUGUCAUUAAUAUGUCUUAUAAUCGUGCCAAUACCUACGAAUAAAAUCCUAUUGCUGGAGAGUCAGUGUGGCAACUUUAAUCGCAGCUAUUUUUCCAAUUUUACGAUGUUUGUAAAAAACUCUCAGAUGAAUAUGGAAUUUUUCUUGUUACGAGUUUUGGUUCCGGGUGUCACAAUGGAUAUUGAAUUCUUUAUUAGCAUGCAAAACUCCUAUGGGUUUCAGAAAAUUUUCCAAUAUACCCUGGAUAUGUGCAGCCUUCUGGCACAGAGAAGGAACAACAUGUUCAAAAAAUGGUUUGCUACAUUCUUCGAUUCCGGUAACUUUAAAAAAUACUGCCCGGUCGAACCCAACUUUUACUACCUGAAGAACUACAACUAUAACACACUGUUUAUUCCGAAGUUCUUGUAUGCAGGCAAGUAUAGAGUAAAGUUCGACAUGAACCAGUUAAGGAAAAUAGAUGGUGUCCGGUACUUUCUGGUGGGGUGUGCCUUUGAAGUUGAAAUAAAGUAA